UAAUAAAUAAAUCUCAGGCGAGCUUCCAGGCAGAAAAUUCCAGGAUGAAUUGAUGAGGAAAAGAACAAAUUUAGGAUCAUUAUUUCCACUUAAAAGAGGUUUUUCCUGCCAUUUUAUGUUCCUUGUUCCCAAAAGGAGUUUUCCUCUGGAUGAUUUCACUUCAUUAAUUUUUCCUGCCUGAUGCUAGCCAAGCCCAGGUGGGGAAAAUUGCCUUUGGGGGGGAUUUUUUGGCUUUUCUGGACCAUUUCCAGGUUGAAAAUUUUCCUUUUGGGACCUGGGGGUUGGAGAAAUCCAUGGAGAAAUCCAGCCUGGCCAUGGGAAUUCCAGGUGGGAUUUGUGCCUCUAAAAACACCACAAAAAACUCCAAAAUACCCCCCAAAAUCCCAAAAUGCCCCCAAACACCCCAAAACCAAUGCCUUUGCCACCCCAAAAUCCUUCCAAGCUCCCGUUCCAGAAGUUUCCAGGAGGAACCACAGCUGGUUUUCCUGGAUUAAUUCAUCCUGCUCUUCCCCAUUCGUAUUUUUUCUGUAAAAGUCUGAUUUUUGGGAAAUGAUGGCUUUGGGUUUUUACCUAUCAGGUGCUUUCUGAGCAAGGAAGGAGGAGCCUCACCGGAUGUUCCGGGUGGGGUUUUUUUGGUGGUUUCAGGGUUUUUUGUCAUUCAAAAAUCAUUGCCCGGCAGCAAAACCUCGUGGAAAACUCUGAGCUGGGCUUCCCUGGAAAGCAGCGGGAUGUGAUCCAAUCCCAGGAUGGGAUUUGGGUUAAAAUCCCGGAAUUUUCAGCCCUGGAGGUGUCCAAGGAGCAGCAAGGUGGGAGUCAGUGACAUCUUGGAUUGUUGGAUCCCAGAGCUCUUCUCCGGCCUCAGGGAUCCUGGAAUUCCUGUUCUAUCCACACCCUGAAAAUUGGGAAAAUUGGUGAAAUUUGGAGGAAGAAAAAGGCAAAAACCCUCGGAUUUCAAAGCUCCUCCACCAAAACCAGUCAAGAUUUUCCAGCAGCAGAUCCAUGACUGGAUUUUUCUGGCCUUUCCCAGCCAUUCCUCCAGGAAGGACCAUCCCCAUCCCCAGCUGAUCCCAAAUCCACCGAAAACGAGGAUUUGGCUUCUCCCAGAGCAGUUUGAGGACCUUCAGCAGGAUAACGGAAUUCUGGCGGGAAAACCAAACCCAUUUUCUGCUUUUCUCCGCAUCAUUUCUGGGGCACGGAGCACAACCCCACGCUUUGAAUAAUUUCCGACCAAAGAAGAUAAAAGGCAAAGGCUCGACUCAUUCAGCCCCCAAAAACAGGAAAUGAGAAGCCUGGGGGUGAAGGUCUUCCUGUCAGCACCUGCUCUGAGCCCCGGAGCAGCGAAGGCUCCGUGAUCCCGGGAUGGGCUCCGGGGCUUGGCUCCAGCUGCUCCUCACCCUCGGAGCUCUUUGGGGGAUCGGAGCCAAGGAAACAGUGCUGGGAAUUUUGGGAGAGGCGACGCUCCUGCGGAUCCCCCGCGAGCUGCAGGAACGCACCGAGCAAUUCGGGGAAGCCUCCUGGAAAAAAAUCAUAAAGGAGCCGCUGACGAAGAAAUUCCUGGUGAAGAUUUCCGGCGGGAAUCACUCGGAGUUCCAGCCGGAGCGGAUGCGCUUCCGCGAGCAGAACUUUUCCCUGGAAAUCCUCAACACCAGCCGGGAUGACCAGCGGCUCUACGAGUACAGCGUCAACAAGGGGUCGGAGGAGGAGGUCUGGCAGAUCCAGCUGGAAGUGUUUGAGCCGGUGGCCGACCCCAGCAUCCGGAUCCUGCAUCGGGAAUCCUCCAACGGGAGCUGCUCCCUGGCGCUGAACUGCUCCUCGGAGCGGGGGGACAACGUUUCCUACAGCUGGGACAGCCGGGACAACGGCACCGGGGGGAUCUGCUCCGGGAACGGCAGCGUCCUGCGCCUCUCCUUCUCCCUGCGGGGCGCGGCCUUCGGCUGCGUCUGCACCGCCCGCAACCCCGUCAGCAGCCGCCGUGCCGCCUUCGACGCGGCCCAGUGCGGCGCCGAGCAGCGGGGUGUCCCCAGGGAGAGGACAGAGCUCGUGGUGCCUCUGGCGGUGCUCGGUGCCAUCAUUGUCAUCAUCCUCAUCAUCGUGGCCAUUGUCACCUUCAGGGCCAGACGUGACCCAGACCCCUCCCAGGCCACCCCGGACCCCUCCCAGGCCACCCCAACCAGCGCCACCAUCUACGCCCAGGUGCAGCGGGUGCAGAAGCCCAAAGGGACCGUCCCCAGCGCCACCCCCCCGUCCUGCACCACCAUCUACACCGCGGCCACCGGGCCACCCCCGGCCCCCGACGGAGCCCCCCGCUCCCCGGCCGGGUCCCCAACCCCGCGGGGACGCCCCCCGCUGUCCCAGGAGCCCACCACGGUUUACGCCAGCGUGACCCUUCCCGUGGCCUGAGCCUCCCCGGGAUCCUCCCUGGGGUCCGUGCCCGGCUGGAACCGCCGCUGAUCCCGGGGGAUCCCUUGGGGAUCCCUGAGCAGCCCCGG